AUGGUGACACAGAGUAACUCAGAUGAAGACGAUGGGCACAGGAACACAGAUGAUGAAGACGUGGGUUCAGAGGAUCAGUUCAAGGUUGCAAGCGAAGAGGAGAGGGGACCGCUUGCGGAGCUACGCAGCAUAAUCCACAAAAAGCUGAUGACUUUGAGGAGAGCUGAGGGGCAUAGGAGGAGGAGGAAAGAGAGGUCCAGGAGGAGAGCUGCCUUCCUAGCGAACCCAUUUGGAUUUACGAAACAGCUGCUAGGACAGAAGCGCAGCGGCCAACUUACCUGCUCCAAAGCUGAGGUUGACCACCACCUCAAGCAAUCCUACAUUGAUGAGUACAGAGAGCAAGACCUAGGGCCCUGCAGGUUUUUGAUCAAUCCACCUGCACCAGCACUGGACUUUGACGGGAAAGAGCCCGGUUGGAAGGAGAUCCAGGAGGUGGUUAGAAGGGCAAGGGAAAACUCCGCUCCAGGGCCCAGUGGAGUACCUCACAAGGUUUAUAAGAACUGUCCAAGACUACUCCACAGACUCUGGAAGAUCCUGAAGGUUAUUUGGAGGAGGAGAAGGGUAGCAGACCAGUGGAGACAAGCAGAGGGUGUUUGGAUCCCGAAGGAGGAGAAGUCUCAAAAAAUCGAUCAGUUCCGGGCCAUCUCACUGCUGAGUGUUGAAGGAAAGAUCUUCUUCAGCCUCAUUUCCAGGCGACUGACAGACUAUCUCCUGAAGAAUUCCUAUAUUGAUACAUCAGUCCAGAAGGGAGGAACCCCAGGGGUACCUGGAUGUCUGGAGCAUACAGGCGUGGUCACUCAGCUUAUCAGGGAAGCCAGAGAGAACAAGGGGGACCUGGCUGUGCUGUGGCUGGACCUCGCAAAUGCCUAUGGAUCCAUACCCCAUAAACUGGUCGAAGAGGCACUGAACCGGCAUCACACCCCGAAGAAGUUCAGAGACCUCAUCCUGGACUACUAUGCCAACUUCCAUCUGAGAGUCUCCUCCGGAACAACAACCUCAGACUGGCACAAGCUUGAGAAGGGGAUCAUCACUAGCUGUACAAUCUCAGUCAUCCUUUUUGCACUCGCCAUGAACAUGCUGGUGAAAUCUGCAGAAAUACAGUGUAGGGGAGAAGUCAACACCAGCUGCCCGGGGCACCUCCUCUGGCCUGUUGGCAACGGCGCAGGCCUCCAAGCAGGUAAUUCUCUUGGAGCUCACAGUGUUGAAGGAAAGAUCUUCUUCAGCCUCAUUUCCAGGCGACUGACAGACUAUCUCCUGAAGAAUUCCUAUAUUGAUACAUCAGUCCAGAAGGGAGGAACCCCAGGGGUACCUGGAUGUCUGGAGCAUACAGGCGUGGUCACUCAGCUUAUCAGGGAAGCCAGAGAGAACAAGGGGGACCUGGCUGUGCUGUGGCUGGACCUCGCAAAUGCCUAUGGAUCCAUACCCCAUAAACUGGCCGAAGAGGCACUGAACCGGCAUCACACCCCGAAGAAGUUCAGAGACCUCAUCCUGGACUACUAUGCCAACUUCCAUCUGAAAAAAUACAGUGUAGGGGAGAAGUCAACACCAGCUGCCCGGGGCACCUCCUCUGGCCUGUUGGCAACGGCGCGUGACUGGGAGCUGUCAGUUGAUCUGGGCAAGCAGCUGAAGUUCCCUGAGGCAGUUGCCAUAACAACAUUAAGGCCAGACGUUGUGCUUACCUCAGAGGCCUCCAAGCAGGUAAUUCUCUUGGAGCUCACAGUGCCUUGGGAGGACCGUAUGGAGGAGGCCAAUGAAAGAAAGAGGGCAAAGUACUCCCAGCUUGUGGAGGAUUGCCGGAGCAAUGGGUGGCGGGCAAUAUGCCAACUCGUCGAAGUGGGAUGUCGAGGGUUUGUGGGCCAAUCCCUUUGCAGGGCCUACAAAAUGCUUGGCAUCACAGGGGCGAGCCAGCGAAGGGCCAUCAAGUUGGCCACUGAUGCUGCAGAAGUAGCAUCAAGGUGGCUGUGGAUCAGGAGAGGAGAGGCAUGGCGUGUAGGGUAGUAGCGCUACCUGGACAUAAGCUGGGACCUGAUCACCCCGGCUGGGUCGCCUAGGGGAGGGGGUCUGAUUGUUGAAAGACCCGAAACCCCCCGUGAUCCUAGGUUACAUCACUGAUGAUAUGUCCAGGUGCACCAGACGGUGUA